CAAAGAUAUGACAAUGUCGUUACAAUAUGUCGUACUUGUACGAUAAGCCCUAUAUCAUACCGAUAUGUAUCGUCGUUUUGUACAUUUUUUUAUUGAUUAUAUCGUAUAGCUUAGCUGUCGCUACUCGUCAUGUUUACCCCGUAUUUCCCUACGUGACUGACUUGAAUGUUGUGAAACCGGAAAGUUCUUUUUUCGCUUUAAUGUUUACUAUUAUAGCUGUUCUGAUGUUAAUAGCUGCCUACAUUCGAUACAGAAAAGUGAGAUUUGUCUGUGACAAUAUCGACUUUGAGGAAAAACGUAUAACGUAUCAUCUCAACUUAGCACAAUUCGUGGACGCCUUCAUAGUGGUAAUUUUCAUGAUAAUCCUUGCAAACUCAACCGAUUCCUGGAGCUAUGCUUCAGGGGUAUGUGCAGGCCUCUUCUUUGUUAUACUUAUGGUUUUAGAUAUAGUCAUAUCAAAUUUUAUUUAUCCUGCAUUUGGGAAUGAGUACGUCAAUUUGUUCAAAAUAGGUUUAACUGUAGUUGCAUUAAUACUGUUCAUAAUGAAAUUCACAUUCCAGUCAUUGGCACUAGAAAGAUACAAUGGGUUUAAUUCACUAUAUUGGACUCCACACGAAGCUGGAUAUACGGUUCAUGUGAUGGGAGCCAUCUGCGAUUGGUUGUUUCACAUAGUUACUAUCAUAUUUUUCGGUUUAUUUAUAUGCGAUUUUCGAGAAAUAAAAUUUGAAGAACCUUACGUAAUAGCUAAGUGUUCCACUUGUCCUGAAGAUGGUAUGUGCUAUAUUGACACCAAUCUUGAAUGUAAAUGAAUAAAAUGUUUAUA